UUUAGCCGUAUUAUCCACACUGGUCUGGAGAGAGAGAGAGAGAGAGAGAGAGAGAGAGAGAGAUAGAGAGAGAGACUCUGGUAUAAUGGGAUACGCAUGAACGGGAUGGAAAAGUUUUCGGGCUGAGAAGUUGGAAAACCUGAGUGCAUAGACUUGAAAGAAAAACUUUUGAAGACAACCUUGCAGAAGAGCUUCAAGACCCUGAGAGCGUGCUGCUGGUAGGAGCUUUACAUGGCACGCUGGGGGGAAUGGACAUAGAUAAAAGUGGCCCAUGGUGGAAUUUUGCAUCUCAAGGAAGGAAACCCGCCCUUUGGAGAAGAAAGUGAUCCUGGAUGUUGUCGGAGCUCGCGCGCUGGAUUUACAUUUCCACUCAAAGUGCUCCAAAAAAUCCUUUCUAAAUCAAAGAACAAUGUGGAUGUAUAAAAAAAUAAUAAAGUAAGUGGGGGGCAUUAAAAUGAGUUGUUAUCAACUCUGAAAGCAGGACCUGAGACAUGCUGGACGUUAUCCGUGGUGAUAAGUGUUGAAAAAAACAAGGCGAAAGAGUGCAAAUGUCCUCGUUGGGCAGUUCGUCCCCUCCGUCCUUCCCGAGACCGUUUCCCGUCCCCGCGCAUCCCGCCGCCCCGCUCGCGCCCUCGCCUUCCGCGAGCCCCCCUGCCACACUAUAUGGCCGACUGUCUAACGGCAGCACGAGCGCCCCGAGCCCGACCCACUCCCGCGAGUCCUUCCACGGCGUGUCCUUCCUGCUCCAGAUCGGCCUCACCAGAGAAACGGUGAAUCUGGACCCCGCUGAUGUGUCCCUAUCGGCGGUCAAAGAGCUCGUGUGCUCCAUCGUGGAUCAGAAGUUUCCAGAAUGUGGCUUUUUCGGCAUGUACGACAAGAUCAUGCUCUUCCGCCAUGACCUGAACUCGGAGAACAUCCUGCAGCGGCUCACCUCUGCCGACGACAUCCAUGAGGGAGAUCUGAUCGAGGUGGUGCUUUCAGCUCUUGCCACCGUUGAAGACUUCCAGAUCCGUCCUCAUGCUCUGUAUGUGCACUCCUACAAAGCCCCGGCGUUCUGCGACGACUGCGGCGAGAUGCUGUGGGGUCUCGUGCGUCAGGGUCUCAAGUGUGAAGGAUGUGGGCUUAAUUACCACAAGCGCUGCGCUUUUAAGAUCCCCAACAACUGCACCGGAGUGCGAAAGAGACGCCUGUCCAAUGUGUCCCUGCCUGGACCCUCUCUAUCUGUCCCUCGUCCUGUGGCCAUUGAGAGUGUUGUCACGUCACCCGAGGAGCAGAGACCACUGUUGGAAGCAGGAAAACGGAUCCCGUCCUGGAGCGGCCGGCCCAUCUGGAUGGAAAAGAUGGUUUUGGGCCGAGUCAAAGUGCCACACACCUUCAACGUGCACACGUACACACGACCCACCAUCUGCCAAUACUGCAAACGGCUGCUCAAGGGCUUGUUCCGCCAGGGGAUGCAGUGCAAGGAUUGCAAAUUCAACUGUCAUAAAAGAUGUGCAUCGAAAGUGCCGAGAGACUGCCUGGGCGAGGUCGUGUUUAACGGAGAGCCAGCCAGCCCAGGAAUCGACUCUGAGGUCACGAUGGAGGUGGACAGCAGUGAUGUGAACAGCGAGAGCAGUCGAGGUAUGGACGACCCAGAGGAGGCGAACACUCCGGAGGACAUGGACGCUCACUUCAUGGAUGGAGAAAAGGACGAGGAAACUGUGAAAGCGAUCAGUCCCUCCACCAGCAGUAACAUCCCUCUGAUGCGUGUGGUUCAGUCCAUCAAACACACCAAGAGACGCAGCUCCACCUUGGUCAAGGAGGGAUGGAUGGUGCACUACACCAGCCGAGACAACCUGAGAAAGAGACAUUACUGGAGGCUGGACAGCAAAAGUUUGACCCUUUUCCAGAACGACUCUGGAGCCAAAUACUACAAGGAGAUCCCGCUGUCAGAGAUCCUGCAGGUGGAGCUGGCACAGGACUUCAGUAGCCUGGCACAGGGAGGAAAUCCGCACUGCUUCGAGAUCAUCACAGACAACAUGGUGUAUUACGUAGGGGAGAACACGGGCAUGCAGCACACCAGCGCCACGCUUGCAGCAUCUGGAGUCGGUCUGGAGGUGGCACACGCCUGGGAGAAGGCCAUCCGCCAGGCCCUGAUGCCCGUCACCCCUCAACCCAGUGUGUGUAGCAGCCACGGCCAGGGAAAAGACCAUAAAGAGCUAUCCAUCAGCAUCUCCGUAUCCAACUCGCAGAUUACAGAAAAUGUGGAUAUCAGCUCCGUCUACCAGAUCUUCGCUGACGAGGUCCUGGGAUCGGGACAGUUUGGGAUUGUAUAUGGAGGCAAGCACAGAAAAACAAAGAGAGACGUCGCUAUUAAGGUCAUAGACAAGAUGCGUUUCCCCACCAAGCAGGAGAGCCAGCUACGGAAUGAAGUGGCCAUUUUACAGAAUCUGCACCACCCAGGCAUCGUAAACCUUGAGUGCAUGUUUGAGACGCCUGAGCGGGUGUUUGUUGUCAUGGAGAAGCUCCAUGGAGAUAUGCUGGAAAUGAUCUUGUCCAGUGAAAAGAGUCGGCUUCCAGAGCGGCUCACUAAAUUCCUAGUGACUCAGAUUUUGGUGGCUCUGAGGCACCUCCAUUUUAAGAACAUUGUACAUUGUGAUUUGAAGCCUGAGAAUGUCCUUCUGGCAUCGGCUGAACCUUUUCCACAGGUGAAGCUGUGUGACUUCGGCUUCGCCCGCAUCAUCGGAGAGAAGUCAUUUAGACGCUCUGUAGUGGGCACACCAGCGUACCUGGCUCCUGAGGUGCUGCGUAGUAAAGGCUACAACCGCUCUCUGGACAUGUGGUCAGUAGGCGUCAUCGUCUACGUGAGUUUGAGUGGCACCUUCCCCUUUAACGAGGACGAGGACAUUAACGACCAGAUCCAGAACGCUGCCUUCAUGUACCCGCCCAACCCCUGGAAGGAAAUCUCUGGAGAAGCAAUUGACUUAAUCAACAACCUGCUUCAAGUGAAGAUGAGGAAGCGCUUCAGUGUAGACAAGUCUCUCAGCCAUCCCUGGCUUCAGGAUUAUCAGACAUGGUUGGAUCUGCGGGAGUUUGAGACGAGACGAGGGGAGCGCUACAUCACCCACGAGAGCGACGACGCACGCUGGGAGGAAUACGCCGAUGAAAGAAGCCUUCCUUAUCCCAAGCACUUCAUCAUGGCUCCUAAUUUGGAGGAUAUGGACGAGGACCCCUAGAGGCCAGGACGACUUAUUUCUGAACAUUACAGGGGCUCUUUAAGACCUUUUCUAUUGAUGAUCUGCUCACUCAGCCAAGUGUAGGGACUGGCAGCGUUAAAUAGAUGGAGUGUUUAUGAUCUGCCUGAUGAAGCACACUUAGAGUGGACAAGCAGUGAUUAGGAACGUAGCAUCUGUGAAGAUUAACUCUGGAUCUGCGCACAGGGACUCGGCGCACGCUUUCAGGUUGUUUCUCUUUUCAUAACAUUCCAGAGAUGUGACUUGACGUUUGCAGCCCACUCUGUCCUUUCACUCACUGCUUUUUCAGAAAAUUUUCCAGCAUUUUGGAAUGAACUGUAACAACCAAUUGCACUGCCAUUCCACCCACCUUAGGCACAAUGAAGAUGGGAUGGGAACGAAAAACAUAACUGGUGGAUGUGGGAACUCUGGAGCCUCCCAAGCGAUAUUUUUCUACUUUUAUUGAGUCACACACUUUGGAGCAUUUAUGCAUUUUACACCAGAAUAUUUUAAUAUGUUAGGUCUUUUUUUUUUUUUUUGCAGAUGAAGUGAUUCUAAACUGGAAGACAAAAGCUUGUUUAUGAAGUUGGACCAUUUGGUGAAUGCGAAAAAAUGAACACACUCAUUUGUGAUAACUUCCAGAGAUUAAUAACGUGUCUAAGAUGGAGCUAAGAUGGACUUGACUUCAUAAGUAUCUUUAUUUCCAUCUCAAAUCUUUUCAACUGAAAUCCCCGGGUUCAGUGUUUCAUGGUGAUGUAAAUGUGAACGUUUUUGUGGCUUAUUAAGUUAGCUGAUGUCUCCUGGAAAAGCAAGUAGUAAAAUCUCAGUCUGUGGCUGGCAUUUCAGAAAUAAAAGCUAUGAAGGAAUAAGGUAGUGAAGAUGAUGAGAGCCUGAGAAUCAGCCACUUUAAACACUAUUGGUUUAGAAUGAUAUCAGAUGGUGUGGGAACCGAAAAGUCGUAAAUACUGAGAACUCGCGGGACAAAGAUUGUGGCUGUUUUAAUGCGCUGUCGUAAGACUUUCAUCUUUAUUUUUAUUUUCAUUAUGUAAUUUUGAAAAUGUUGCUAACUCUCACAGACUGAACCUUUUGCCUAACACUGUUCCUCACAUCAGCCUCACAAUGAACUGAGAUGCUCUGAAAUGCUUGUGAUUUUUAGUUUUUUUGUUUUGAACAAUUCAUUCCAGAAUUUGAAA